AUGAAUGCGCUCAUAAGGCAGACCCUGGACAGCAAGUUCUUUUCGGCGGCGCUUGCGCAGUGUCCGCGUUGUGGCAAGCACAUGAUCGAGAACGCGCUCAAGAAGCACCUGGCGUACUGCGAGGCCGAGGCCAGCGUUCUCUGCGAAAAGUGCGGAAAGCUAUUCAAAAACGCCUCGAAACUGGAGCAGCACGAGCGGUUCAAACACGCGGCCAGGGAUCCGAUAGAGUGCGAAAAAUGUCACACGACGCUGAAGAACGAGAGCAGCUUGAACGUUCAUCUGUUGAGCUGCAACAAACGAAAAUUCAUCUGCGGCGAGUGCAAAAAAACAUUUCAACGAAAGGACUAUCUAACGAAACACGUGCUCGUUGUGCACGUAAAAGGCAACCGAGUGAGAGGUGGUAAGCAGGAGUGUUACAAGUGCCAGCAAAAACCGUUCUACGGAUGCACACUGUGCGGCCGCGAGUUCGAAGAGUACCAUCAAAUCAAGCGACACUUCGACAGCGUCUGCGACGUGAAAGGGCAUUAUCACUGCCCGGACUGCUCCUACAGCACGCCCAUCAAGCAGCACAUCAAGUUGCACUUGAAAGUGCACAGCAACAACAACAACGGCCGCCAAGACGUGAACGCUCUGUUCAGGAAAAGCGAGCAGUAG